CCUGCAAUGAUUCAUCGAUAACAUGACUACCAGUGACUCUUCUGUCAGUAGUGAAUUUCACCUUGUGUUUGGUUGCAUCAUCGAUUAUCUGGUACAGGGAUGAAAAGAGAUAAACAGUUAGUCACUCUCCGGAGAUUUCAACGCUUGGUUGUCAGUUGCAGCACCCCACGGAAGAUGUCACUGCACGUUCAUCCCCUAUUAGCAGGAGUUUCGGUAUUCUGUUUUCAAAUUCCACAAAGGGUCGAAAGCUCAGCCCCGAAUGAACAGUCUUCGUAAAUCCGUCAUCCCUAAUUCGUCGGUGCAGAAUAGAAUAAUAACAACUACAUUAAAUAUUAAUAAUAGCUUAUUUAUAAAUGAAACAAAUAAAUAAAUGGAGAAGAAAAUAUAGGUAGAUUGGAAAAAAUUAAAGCUCGAUUUAAAUAGAGGUUUCAAAAUUUGGGAUACUAUUCGAAGAAUAUUCGCUCGGCUAUUAUGGUAAAACUUUUGGCAACUUUAAAAGCGAUAAUAACGAGAUUGGUAUUUGCGACCCAUGGAUUUAUAGCAAUUUGGCAAGUGACAAGUUUUAAAAAAAAUCCACUCUACUGGUAUUUGAGUUGCCCCAUACUGUUGCUGUUUUUCGAAGGGAUUUUUACUCUUACGAUAAAAGAGAACCAAGAGUGGAAAUGGUUCUGCCCAUCAGUAUUUCUUUACCUAAGCAGCGUUGUACCGGCUAUAUGGCUUUUGGAAUUAGACAAGGUCGACAGAAGAUUGAGAAUGAGGGAGUCCAAUAUGAACUUCACAGACAACUUAAAUUUCACGAAUUUAGCUGGGGCGGAUUUAAAAAAUUUGGAAAAAGCUCUUGGCGUGAACAUCAUGUUACCGGAUAUACAAAUAUCGACGGAAACGUGGGUGACGCUGAUAGAGCAAUUUUUAAUGCUGGUUCUCAUAAUCGGAAGAUGGAUGCUUCCGAAAGGGGAACUAACGCGAGAUCAACUUAGUCAACUAUUACUCGUUUACAUCGGUACAGCGGCUGAUAUAAUCGAGUUCUUCGACUCCUUCAAGGAAAGUAAGAUCGCUCAAGAACCUGUUCUCGUCUACCUGACGCUCGCUAUUUGGGCAUGGUCAUUGAUGCAGUUUACGGUUGUCCUGACCGCAACGAAGUCCAGGAAAUCUCGACUCUCCUCAGGGACAACUGUUAAACGGAAACGAGACGUUCGUCCGCCGGAAACGAGCUGCUGUAGCAUCGAUGUCUGGGGCAUCGCUCUAAAUAUGGCACUUCAGGACGGACCGUUCCUGGCGUUCCGUUUGAUCCUCAUAAUACACUACCAGAUAGUGAGCUACAUGAACAUCUUUUUCACGUGUAAAAAUACGUUAGUAAUAUUGCUCCAGUUGUAUAGACUUUACGUUGUCCAGAGUGAGGGAAAAAUCAGACGAAAGUCGGAAAAUCUUGGAAAACGUCAAGCGCAGUCAGGAAACAUCAGCAUUAUUUCACGAGGAGUAACACCGAUGCGGAAACGGAAAUAUGAAGACGACGGCUCCAAACGUACAAGGAUUUAUGCCGCUGAGGGGUCCAAGAAAAUUCAAAGUUUCGCUUCCGAAAGCGAUGAAUCAGAUCAGGAAUCUGACAGAUACGAACUCUCCCCUAGGAAUACCGAGGUGUCAUCGAGACGAACGAAGGGCGGGCGUCAGGACACGGGUUAUUCGACCUCCAGUUCCAGGGCAUCUUCAAAACAGGACAAACUCCAAAAGCGAGAAAAUAAAAAAAAGUCUCGUGAUUCCGAGAGUUGCAUGCGGGAUAAUUCUACCGAUGAUCAAGAACGCCGCAGUAAACGAUCGGAGCCGAAGAGGAAAAAAAGGAGACAUUCCGUGGACCAGAAUAAAGAUGGUAAGUCCAGCACGGGGGAAAGUCCAAAAGGGAGCCGUCACGGUAAGGGACGACGUCCUAGAAAAACAGAGGGAUCGACACGGGGCGUGGCUGGGGAUAAAGACAAAAUUGGAAAGGGUCGUCGUCGCCGCGACGCCCCUGAACUAGAAGAUGGAGAGGAAGAAGAGGAGGAGGAGGAACUCGAAGGACAAACAGUUACCGAGUCUGAGGACGAGGAAAAGAGAAUUGGGGAUAGAACUAAUUCUUCACGUUCUUCAGGUGCGAGGAACAGCAAUCGUAGCUUCGAAAGAAGCGAUUCGGAGAGCGCCCGGAGAUACAGAAGGCGUAGGAGAGGGAACGAGGUUCGCGAUUGACAACGGAGCCUCGGCAUCAUGGCGAUGUUCUUCCUCUAUGCGGCUAUCCUUGUGAUUUGCAUGCUCUUUAUUCACGCCGGUAUAAACGAUGGCCUUGUUCUCACGAUAAGGAGUAAUCACCACCGGCGAAGUCCCGCCUUGGUGGACUAGAAAAUCGUUAUACAUUUUUGGAAGAAAUGGUAUUCGAUCGAAUUUUUUAAUAACUUCGGUGGAUCUCACUAUCUCUCGUAAUAGUUGAGGUGUACGUGGUAAAUCAUGAGAUUGAAGGAAAUCGCGACGCAAUAGAAUUUCGAUAAAUUAAGAGAAAGUAAGAUAUAUUUUCUCAAAAAGGGUAAAGUGAUGUCAACUGACUCGAAAAUUACUUAUACUCUAGUAUCUUCUGCUAUGAUUCAUAUUUCGCCUAUCCUAAAAUCAUCGUCAGGAAAUCAGAAAUAUUCAUCAAAUGUGGCUAUCGACAAAACUAUGUCUGGUACUUUCGCCUCAUCUCAUGACCUUUAUGAUUGCGAUUAAUAUCUAAUCUAAUCGCAAUCGAAUAUGUAGUGUUAUUUAUUAUCUCUUAUAUAGAUUGAAAAAAUUUACCGUACGUCAAGAUGUAAUAUUAGAGAAAGCUUUCAAUCGUCGGUAUAAUACUUAUUAGGCACGAUGGCAGAAGAACAGCGAAAUGAAAAAUGCUCAGCUGAACUCACACUGAAAAUGCUUGAUGUGUAGUUGUACUAAAUACACAGAUAUCUAACGUAUAAAAUGUGUAGUCUGUAAUUGUACACUCUAUAAUAUUGUAGAACAUAUACCGAACACUUAUUAAAAUAAUACUAUCAGCUUUGCAAGUUUUGUAUCUAUUAUAAUCAAAGAACUAUCUCGAUCUGUACAAAUAUGAUUUUUA